GCACAUCAUCCUGGUCGGUGUCCAGUGAGCACCUUCCCUGUUUUUAUUGAGCAGCACUUAACGUGUCAUGAAGCGUCAACCAGAUCCGCCCAUGGAUUCAGCGCAACAUCGAGGAGGCCAAGACGUGCAAGGUAGAUGCCAUGCUUCAAACCCUCCUGCAACGCGCUUCUUGCAAUAAGGAAACUGAACAGCCUCACCUCCUGCGAAAGUCCCUCAAGGCAGUUCUACCAGUUUGCAACGGAGGAGCGGCGGCGUCCGCUGCAAAGGGCAAACAAUGUCACUCUUUUGGUAUCAGGGAUGUCUCGAAGACAUAUUUACGUCCAGGACACGAAGAAAAAUUUCACGCCCCUUUCAUAAAAGUCACAAACAUUGCGCUUGCUGUUUUCAAGAGAUCAAGGUUGAUGGGACGAGUCCUGCUGUCUCCGCCGUGGACAUGAUCUGUCAGCAGAAUGAUUUCCCCAUGUUCCAAUCCCACCAGAAGGAGAGAUCGACUCGGAAGCCCGACGUCGUCUUUCUUCUUUUGCAAAGCUCACUCAAAGCAUUCCCGGAUGACAAGGGCAUCGUAGUGGACGACCAUGGGGUCACGAAUGCAAUGGACAAACCGAAAACGCCUCUUUUAUGGGAAGAUGUGCUAGCUUGUAUCGAGUUCAAGCGAAAACCAAAAAAGCUUGAGCCGCCCCCCUCUUCGUAUAAAGCCGACCAGGAAUAUCUGCCGGUGGAUCGUCCUAAGCCUGACAACCCAACGCCUGCACCCACGCCAGUCCAGAGGUAUUUGAUGCUUGGUAUCGAAUAUCUGGGUUGAUGUUGAUGCAUUUGCUCUCCUCGCUUCUUCAUCCGCGUUACCUCUACCUCUGCUACCGGUGGACCCUGCCCCAAUUAUCAAA